AUGGCUGAUCGUGUUGCACAACAAACAGUCGGUGGAUGCUGUGCUCCAAAUCCUAGGAAACAAUUCAGCGACGUCUACUAUGAUGACGGUAGUACCUACAACCGUACAGGCGAUAAGAUUGUUGGUGUCGUCGAUGCUCCCAUGAUUCAAAAUGUCCAUGUUCAAGGAUGGUAUAUGCAAAGCUUCGUAGAUAAUGCUUCUGUGAAUUUGACCCUACUACCUUCUAUGAAUAUUCCUGACAAAGGAUCUAUCGUUAUUGGUGUUGUAAUCGAUCGUGCGAUGAUCAUUACCUAUCAAUUUCUAGAUGGUAACAAUAUACGUAUUGCUAAUCGCUCAAGCGGAGUGCUAAGAAAUCAGUUUGACAUCCCGGAUAUCACUCUGCCGCCAAGAACUCGAACAAUCACCAACCCAAUGUGUUUUGGCUAUAUCUACGCAGGCAUCUAUGUUGACAUGGCACGGACUACAGUUGUCAAGUUCUGCGCAGUCGGUAAGAUUAUGCAAGUGCUCUAA